CGGUGGUGCGAGCAUCAUCACAGCACACUGUAUUGAUCUAACUUUGAACACUGUAUUGAUCUAACUUUGAAAGUACUUAACAUGACCAUGUCCAAGGUUAUCAACUUCGCUGCCGGCCCCGCCAAGCUACCUCCAACUGUUCUAGCCAAGGCCCAGGCCGAGCUUUUGGACUAUGAGGGCUGUGGAAUGAGUGUGAUGGAGUUGAGUCACAGAGGCAAGGAGUUCACAAAGAUCAUCAAGGAUGCCGAAGCCGACAUUCGCGAGCUGAUGGCCAUUCCGGACAACUACUCGAUCCUUUUUCUACAAGGAGGUGCCACAACGAAUUUCGCUGCGCUGCCGUUGAACUUGGCGGGCCCCGAAGACACAGUCGACUACAUGAUCACCGGCUCUUGGUCCAAGAAGGCUGCAGAAGAGGCUACCAAAUACGUCAAGAACGUGAACAAGGUGCUGCCCAAACCCGCCAAUGGCUUCACAGAAAUCCCCGACAAGAGCGAAUGGUCGCUAUCUCCUGAUGCCAAAUACGUGUACUACUGUGACAACGAGACUGUUCAUGGCGUUGAAUUCUCUACCGUUCCCGAGACAAACGGCGUGCCGCUAAUUGCGGAUAUGAGCAGUAACUUCCUGUCACGUCCAGUUGAUGUUACUAAAUUCGCUGUCAUCUAUGGUGGAGCUCAGAAGAACAUUGGCCCCGCAGGUAUGACCAUUGUCAUCAUUCGCAACGAUCUCCUGGGCAAUGCUCAGGCGAUCACUCCCACCAUGCUGGACUACAGUGUGAUGGCUAAAAACGGCUCCAUGUACAAUACCCCGCCCUGCUUCGCCAUCUACAUGGCUGGUCUGGUGUUCCGGUAUUUGAUCGACAAUGGCGGCCUAGCGGCAUACUCAAAGAAGAGUGACGCCAAGUCUGGUGCCUUGUACAGGGCUAUCGACGGCUCAGAUGGUUUCUACCGCGCACCGGUUGAGGAAAAGUCGCGUUCAAGAAUGAACAUACCUUUCCGCCUAUCUAAGGAGGAGUUGGAGCCUGUAUUCCUCGAGGAAGCUGCUAAGAAGGGCAUGGUGCAGUUGAAGGGACACAGAUCGGUUGGAGGUAUUCGCGCGUCAAUCUACAACGCCAUCACAGAGGAGGAAGUCUCUACCCUGAUCGACUUCAUGGAUGAAUUCAAGACGACGCACGCAUAGAUGCACAAGUUAAGCUCGCAAAGUGUUGUAGCAUGCAGAAUAACAGGCAGCAGGUGGAUUGCUCCUCUAAUUUCUGCUCCCAGCUGUCUUUUAGCGAACCAUGCUAACGAGAAAAAGCUCUGUAGGACUCGCAGCGAGAAGACCAUUGCUUUCCUUCAUACGUGUACUGUAUACAAAGGGGGAAAUAAUAGAUCUUAAAUUGCUGAUAUCGAGUAGUAGUGAAUACCGAUACCUUAGACACGUCCAGAGCAGUGUUUAGCAUUCAUGACCAGGGAAGGCCGUUAAAAUAAAAGUCUAAUUUUCUACCUGUA